AUGGCGCAGGGGGAGCCGCGGCUCUGCGGGGCCCAUACCGGGCGGCCGCUGGAGCUGUUCUGCGAGGACUGCGGGCGGUGCGUGUGCGCGCUGUGCCCGGCGCUGGGCGCGCACCGCGGGCACCGCGCCUGCCUCCUGCCGCAGGCCGUCCGCCGCACGCAGGAACUCAUGGCAUUGAGCUUGAAGAAUCUAGAAGAGAGAAGAGAGGAAGAAGAUGGCAACAGAAGGAGCAUAGAGCAGGCUGUAAAUGAUGUGAAGGCACAUGCUGAUAUGAUUAAACAGCAGCUGUCAGAAAAAAUGACUGAUCUUCAGUUACUUCUUCGGGAGGAAGAGAGUCUGGCCAAAAUCUUCAUUGAUGAAAAGACUCAGCAAGCUCUGGGAACACAUGAUCAGCAUUUGAGGUCUUGUCAAGAACAGCUUGAAGCCCUCGAGACCUUCACACAUCGAAUCAGACAAAUACAACAGGACAGUGAUCCUAUUCAUUUGCUGGAGAAGUACACAGAAAUUGAGAAGGAAAUUAAGGCAUCCAGGCACCCAUUAGAAAAGUGGCAUCCAAUACCGCCCUCAUUUGAACACUUACUUAACCAUUAUAAACACUUCAUCAGAGGUCUGCAGUCCAUUCUACAGAAACCAUUGGAAGCCCGGCUUAAAGAAGACGUUUUCAGUAGCCUUAAUCCCACUGCAAAGAAGGAGCCUGGGACAGUGCUGAAAACCAUGACUCCUGUUGAUCGGUUGCUUUUCUUAAAACAUGCAAGAUCACCAACCUGGGAAUAUGACAGCAUUCACCCAAGACUGAAAUUGUCAGAUGACCGUCUUGAAGUAAGCUGUAGCUGGAGGAGAAUACUUUACCCCUGUAGUCCCCAGAGAUUUGAUAAAUUAUGGCAAGUGCUAAGCAGAGACGCAUUCCUUUCUGGAAGCCAUUACUGGGAAGUUGACCUGCUUCAUGCUGGAGAGGGAUGGUGGAUUGGCGCAGCCUACCCGACCAUUGGCAAGAAAGGAGACUCUGAAGCCUGCCGACUGGGCUGGAAUAGAGCAUCUUGGUGCCUUAAGAAGUUUGAUUUUGAAUACUGGGCAUUUCACAAUGGAGAGAGAAUCCCCAUCCUGGUAGAAGAUGAUCCUGAUUGCAUUGGCAUUUUUCUAGAUUAUGAAGCAGGAAUCCUUUCAUUCUACAACGUUAGCAAUGGCAUGGCUCAUUUGCACACCUUCUGCUGCAAGUUCACAGAACCAGUUUAUCCAGCCCUGAGACUCUGGGAAGGGUCCAUUAGAACAUGCAAACUAACGUAAGAAACAAAGCCUACUAUUUCAUGCUUUUUCUGCUAAUGCCACUUCAGCAAUUUUCUACAUGAAUUCAUCUCUGUUGUAUCAAAGUUGUAAUUAUGAUGCUUUUACAAGAUAACAUAAGUUCAGGAAAACCAACUGUCACUUUUAAUGUGUAUUUUUUUUUCAAUGAGGGAAGGUGACCUGACUUUUAUAAAUGAUGUUGAUAUACCACUCAAAGUGCAGUAUGUACUAUUGUUGUACUUUUUUCAACUUGUAAGAGUAAGUUCAAGA